AUGCACGGAACAAUGUGGCCUGUACUUUUUGUUGCGAUCAGCAUUAUUAUCAAAGUUUCUCUUAGUAUAAUUCUAAUAUUAUUAUUAUUUGCGUUUGGGAUUCGGGUUUUUGUACUCAGAGAAAUUUUUAAGGGAGUGUGCAAGUGUAAAACAAGAUUGGACGGCAAAGUUGUCAUUGUCACUGGAGGAAAUUCUGGUAUCGGCUUGGAAACAGCCAAAAAUUUAGCUGGAAGAGGCGCGAGAGUCAUAAUCGCAAGUAGGGAUGUUAAAAAAUCUGAAAAAGUUGUUACAGAUAUAAAAGCAGCUACUGGAAACACAAAUGUAGAAUUCCGACAACUGAAUUUAGCAUCUAAAGAUAGCAUUAAAAAAUUCGCUGAAGAAUUCAAUAAGGAUUUCGACCGUUUGGACAUUUUGGUUAACAACGCCGGCAUUGGUGCUAUAAAGAGCGCUACAAACAGUGACGGAAUAGACUUACUAAUGCAAAUUAACUACGUCGGUCCAUUUCAUCUUACUCAAUUAUUGCUUGAUAAACUAAAAGUUUCAAAACCAAGUCGAAUAGUUGUGGUAUCUUCGUACGCACAUGCUUUUGCCAAAUUUUCUCUUGAAGAUGUCACAAGAGCUUUAGAUGGCACUGUGAGAUACUGUAAUACAAAGCUCUGCGGCAUGUUGUGGACUAGGGAGUUAGCUAAGAGACUGCCCGAAGGUGUAACUGUCAAUUCUGUACACCCAGGACUUGUUAAAACCAAUAUUUUUAAUAAGUUUUCAGCCUUCUAUAAACGAAUACUAUUUUUGAUUAUUGAUCUUGUUUACAAAACACCACUUGAAGGAGCUCAAACUAUAAUUCAUCUGUGUGUAUCCCCGAAAUUAGAAAAUUCGACUGGAGGAUACUAUGUUGACUGUGAAAUAAGAAAACCAUCUAUUUUAGCUGAAAAUGACAUUCUAGCAGAAAAAUUGUGGAAUAAAACCAUGACUUUAAUUGAA